AGGCGGUUCGUUCAAAACAGAUUGGAUUGACUUCAAAAAACGCGCAACUGCCGGCUGCAGCGGGCGACAAUAGAAUUUCUCAUACACAUUUAUUUUCGACAUAAUUAAUAAAUAAAAGGACUUAAAGUGUAGUGCGGGUGUAUAAAGUGAUAACGAAUAUAUUUAGUUCAACCGCGAACUUUUUUCAUUUUUAAAGUUUCGCCUUAUUUAGUACAAUGGGAGAACUGGGAGCCAAAUUGGGCCUGGAUGAGCUGGCUGGAGGCGCCGCCGGCAUCAGCAGAGCACUCCUAGCAGAGUUCAUAGGCAACAUCCUACUGAACCUGUUCGGCUGCGGCGCGUGCAUCAACGUGGCGCAGGGCUCCUCGGCCGCACCAGACAUCGUGCUCAUCGCGCUCGCCUUCGGGCUGGCAGUGUAUGCCGCGGUGUCUGCGAUAGGCCACGUCUCCGGUGGCCACAUAAACCCAGCGGUUACCGUGGGUCUCGCAGCAGCGGGCCGUGUGAAGCCUGUGCGCGCCAUCUUGUACAUCAUCGCGCAAUGCGCGGGCGCCGCGGCAGGCUCAGGCCUACUGAAGGCCUUCACGCCUGAUCGAGUCGCCGGCAGCCUCGGAGUCACCGGGCUUGGUGCUGACGUCACAGCACUCCAGGGCUUCGGCAUCGAGUUCUUCCUUGGCUUCGUUCUUGUCUUCGUUGUUUGUGGGGUGUGCGACCAGCACAAGCCUGACAGCAAAUCCACAGCACCCCUCGCCAUCGGCCUGACCGUCACCCUCGGCCAUCUGCUGGCUGUUGACUACACCGGCUCUGCCAUGAACCCCGCCCGCUCCUUCGGAUCUGCACUCGUGGCCAACGUUUGGGCCAACCACUGGGUGUACUGGGCGGGCCCAGUGGCCGGCGGAGUGGCAGCGGCUCUCCUCUACGUGCACGGCUUCUCGGCGCCGCCGCAGGAGACUCCGCGCUACAGGCCCGUGGCUGCCGACGAGAAAGAGCUGAAGCGACUUGACGGAGGCAAAGCGGACGAUCUUGCCUGAGACGCGCCUAUCUCGGUGCCGCGAGACACCCGCCCCCGGACUCCCUCGCCGCCCCUCAGGCAACACCUCCAGGUGCACACAUACUUAUGAACUCACACACCAGUGGACACAUUCCAAUUCCAGCCCAAGUAUGGAGAAACUACGCGAGCCAUCGACAGCAGUUGCCGUCAUCACCCUAUAGACUACAUCGAUUGACAAAUUCUGCCUCUACAAUGUGACAUUCGAUAACGAUUCCGUUUCGAAACUACUUGUUCAAAACCGUGUAUUCCCGAAAUGUCCCGUUGACCCCCACUAUUUCUUGUUCCCCUCUGGGCCCUCUGGCGGACAUCAGGUUAAAAGUUUGUCGAACGAAACACAGCACGCCAUCUAUCAACGAGUAGAUUAACGAAAUUUAGCAUGUACAAAACAAAUAACAAUGUACCUACUGCCAUCUACAUUUUUGUAUGUAACUUAGUAUGGCGAACGAAUCGCAUUUCGAUGUUACAUUGUCCACAGGCACAACACCAAAUUAUACACCAAUCGUCAAUGCAAUGUGACCACGACCAGUAGAGCACUUCCACUUAAAUCUUGUAGUUUUUAUACCGUACCUACUUUAUACUAUGUAAUAAAAUAACUUUCUCCAAUUGGCGCACUUAUUAAAUAAGUUUGUAAUCUCUUAUGAAUUUGUAAUAAGAAUAUUUUAUAGAUUGGGCUUCAUGAAUGUGUCCUUUAAUGUAACCAAAAUAAUGUAUUGCAUUUUAUAAACUUCGACAAUGUAUUGUAAUGUAGCACCGACCGUAGCGCCCCAAACAACUGUUGUACCAAGACCACAUAAUUAUUUUAUAGAACUCACCAAGUGAUAGUUUAAAGUAACUAAUGCUAGAACAAACAUUAAAGUACAUAAUGAUAGUAUUUAAAAAUACCAUUCAGUACUACAAAGUAAUUAAGUACACCAAAAUCACACUUUCAUUGCGAAACAUACUAAGUAUGUACAUAAUACUGUAGAGAUUUUAUACUAUUGGAGAUUUUAUUCUUAACGAUUUAAUAUUAAAAGUAGAAUAAGUAAGAGUAAUGUAAGUAUAUGUAUAUUUUGCUAUACCUACAGACAAACUUUUACUCAAUUAUUAUUAUAACUUUGUAGUUUUUAUGGCUAUUUAUCUUGGCUGCACUUCUCAUGUUAUUCGUGUACUAGUUUUUAAAUGUUUAAAAUUCACAAAAGAAAACACAAUUUGGUUUUCAUACAUAUUGUAAGAAAAUUUCAAAAUUGAUACAAAUAGUGUAGAUUAUAAGAGUAAGGUUAUUUACGAAAAUACAAUUAUCCAAGUGCAUAUUUGAGUCGUCUAGUUUCAAAACCCGCUAAAACGCUCCUGCAACUAAUUUCUGUUUAUAUCUCUAAAUGAUGCUACUGCAAUUUUCUCAUCAUACUGUUCAAUCAUUUUCGAUCAAAAUACACUAAGACUACUAAACUAGCACUUAAAAUUAGGUUUGUGUUACAAACUCCGCUAAAACGCCGUCCGUUUCUUUCAAAACCCUCUAAAAGUUGAUUGACCAAUGGUAGCACGGUAUUUUGGUCACGUGACUGCGAAAUCAGUAUGGAGAUAUUUUUAUAACGUGGUUGCUUCAUAAUUUGCUCUUAUCAAAUCCCGCUAAAAUACAACAUGUCCGUUUCAAAUCCCAUUAAAAUCGAAUGUUCGUAACAAAAUACGCCAAAAUGAAAAUAGUUUUCAUUAUAAUUCAAAUUAUAUUUAAUUUAAAGAUAAAUAGCAAUUACUGUUAGUAUUGCCAGAUGACAAUAAUAAUUCGUAUCAUAUUUUUUUUUUGCCUAAGGCCAAAGCUAUAUGGAUAAGCGGUUUUUUUUCAAUUUCUCGAAAUCUUAUCAAAAUCGUUUUAGCGGGAUUUGAAACUAGACGCCUCAUUUAUUAUUUAAAAUAAAUAUUUUUAAAAUAUGAUCUGUAUUUUUAAAAAACCAAGUGUUCAUUAAAUUUUCUUGUAUGAGUUUUGAUUGGAUUCAUUCUGUAACUAGAGCGUUUGGUGACUAGUUAAUUUAUGAAUGUUAAAUGUGUCGUUCAUAAAAUGUAAGUCUAUGUUAAAGCAAAUAAAAUAUAUUUUACAUAAA